CCCAGCCUCAGUUUUGAAAAUCCAUGUGCUGCUCCUGACACCUCCCCAUCAUUGCAUGCAGAAAUGGUGGCACACAUGCGCUAUGAUAAGAGAUGAUCUCCCCGGACGAGAUGGAGUUUCUGGCGGAGGGCGGCACGCUCAAUAUCAUCCCGAACUUCCAGCAGGACCGACUGUACCUGAUCGGCGGGGACGUGGGCCCUUUCCGGCCGGCGCUGCCCAUCACCGUGCCCGUCUGGCUGGCCGUCAACCUGCGACAGCGCAGCAAGUGUCGCAUCGUGCCGCCCGACUGGAUGGACGUGGCUCGCCUGCAGGAGAAAAAGGAGGAGGAGAAGAACUCCGCGCAUUUCACGCCCAUGCCCAGCGAUCACUACAUGGAGGUAACGCAGCUGAUGAUUGACGUGGCGCCUGGAGACCUGCCGCGGGCCGAUGAGAUACGCACCAUCAUCAAGGACAUCUGGGACAUCCGUGUGGCCAAGCUGCGCUCCUCGGUGGACGCCUUUCUCAAGUCCAACUCGUCGUACGCCAAGCUGGACCACCUGACGCUGCUGGAGCUGAACACCGUGCGCCCGUUCCUGAACCACUCGCUGGACCAGCUGUACCGGGUCAAGAAGGACACGUACCGGAGUUUGACGCAAGACAACAGUCGGCUGGCGUCGUGACGGCCGUGGUCUGGCCGUGGACAGAGGCCCUGCCGCCGCCGUCGUGGCCGCUCUGGCUUUGGAUCGUCAGUCGCCAUCUCGGUGAGCCGGUCGUGACCGGCCUGGUCUGGCCGCUGACAGAAACCGAACCGCUGCUGCGGGCGCGGAGCAGGACCGCCGUGAGAGCCGCUGUUAGCUCGGGGUAGGACGGCCGUGAGAGCUGCGGUUAGCUCGGGGCAGGACCGCCGUGGGAGCCGCUGCGGUUAGCACGGGGCAGGACCGCCGUGAGAUCUGCUGUUAGCUCGGAACAGGACCGCCAUGAGAGCCGCUGCAGACAGGUGCGGAAGUCCGGACGGCGAGCGGCGUCGACCGCAGGGCCGUGGCCA